CAUUCACGUUUUCAGUCUGUCAAGGUACUGUCAGAGUCGUAAAAACUUAAUCAAUUUUACAAGAAUGUCUCGCCCAUCAACUGCAAAUCAGGACUUAUAUUCCGACAUGGAUGUGGAUGGUAAAUUAGUGAAAAACUCAAAAAAAACCAAAGCCUCCUCUAAGAACACUAAGAAGGGCACUGGGGCUAAACCCCCAGAAGUAAAAUCAAAGUACGUGCAUCCUCCUGUUUCGAGAAUGGUGAACAGUGCAUUAGUAAAGUUAGACGAGAAAAAUGGUUCAUCAGUGCGGGCCAUAAAGAAGUACAUAACUACAAACUAUUUGGUAGAUAUUGAAAAAAUCACCCCUUUUAUUAAGAGAUAUUUAGGUAAAGCAGUGGAUAAUAAAGUAGUGGUACAAGCAACGGGUAAAGGCUUUACUGGUUCAUUCAAACUAGUUACCAAAAAGGCAACUAAAGAAACCACUAAAAGAGCUACACCAGGUAAAAGUAGUACCCCAAAGACAGCGAAGAAAAUCCCGAAAAAGUCAAAUGUUACUAAAAGAGCCGGCACACCCAAGAAGACUUCAAAGACUUUAAAUAAGAAGCCUUCCCGAGUUGAUAUUGCCAUAAAAGUCGAGAGACCUAGUCUUAAGGCUUGUUAAAUGUUUUAUUAUUACAUUUUGUAUUUAAAUAUAUUUAAUGGUAACUUA